UUACAAGUCCAGCUUCUAAAAAACAGCCCCUCUUCACACACUCUCUCUCCCUGCACUUUCUCUCUCUUGUCCUUCUCUGUACUCUCUACAGGCGCAGCUUUUUCUAUUUCUCACUCACCAUGUCUGGGAAGAAAAGGAGAAGAUUGAAAGAGUUAGCUGAAACAACCGCAGACAAGCAAGCAAUUACAAAUGCAGAGAAGGCAGUGACACUGGAGCUACAAAGUUGGUCUGACCUUCCGGCAGAACUUUUGGAACUGAUUAUGUCCUGUCUAACUCUAGAGGAGAAUAUUCGCGCAUCUGCUGUUUGCAAGAGAUGGUACUCAGUUGCAAUUGCCACCCGGGUGGUAAACCAAACCCCAUGGAUUAUGUUCUUUCCAAAGGUUGGUGACACGUAUGAAUUCUAUGAUCCAUUACAGCGCGAGACCUACUGCAUUGAUUUACCAGAAUUAUGUGGCUCUAGGGUUUGUUCUACCAUUGAUGGAUGGUUGUUACUAUACAGACCUAGAACUCACCGUGUGUUCUUCUUUAAUCCCUUUACUAGGGAGUCAAUCAAACUGCCGAGAUAUGAGAUGUCCUAUCAGAUAGUUUCUGUCUCUGCUGCCCCAACAUCUGCCAGCUGCAUAGUAUUCACAAUUAAGCAUAUCAGUCCCACUGUCGUUGCUAUUAGCACUUGUCAUGCUGGUGCUACCGAGUGGACUACUGUUAAUCACCAAAAUCGCCUGCCUUUUGUUAGUAGCAUUUGGAAUAAGUUGGUUUACUGCAAUGGACUCUUUUAUUGUCUUAGCCUCACUGGUUGGCUAGGGGUUUUUGAUCCAGAUGAUCGUUCUUGGGAUGUUCUUUCUAUCCAUCCACCCAAAUGCCCUGAGAACUUUUUUACCAAAAAUUGGUGGAAGGGUAAAUUUAUGUUAGAACACCAGGGGGAGCUCUUUGUUAUUUACACAUGUUCUACUGAAAACCCUAUUGUAUUUAAACUGGAUCGAAACAAACUUGUAUGGGAAGAGAUGAAAACCCUUGAUGGUAUGACAAUAUUUGCAAGUUUCUUAUCAUCUCAUGGAAGAAAUGACCUCCCGGGAAUAAUGAGAAAUAAUGUCUUUUUCUCUAAAGUUCGUUUUUACGGAAAGCGUUGCAUAUCAUACUCUCUCGAUGACUGUAGAUACUAUCCACGUAAGCAGUAUCAUGACUGGGGAGAACAAGAUCCCUUUGAGAGCAUUUGGAUUGUACCGCCACAAAACUUCUCAGCCUUCAGUUGAAGAACUGUACUGUCAUAGUAUUAGAGCCCUUUGGUCCGGCAGGAUCAUCAUCAUGCGUUUUAUCUUGUACCAUGAUCAUUUUUGCCUAAGCAGAGAUUUUGCUCAGGUUCAUUCCUCUGAAGUGCAGGUUGAAGUGGCCUAUUAUUCCGUUUUGGCCCAGCAGUAUUUUGGAUUGAAAGUUUUUUGGAAGCUUAAUAAUGUAACAACAACAAUGAUGGGAAGGUCCUUUACUCACCUUGGAAGGAACAAAGGAAUCGACAGAACCUUUUUUGGGUACAGCUUUUGAAGUUUCUAGAAAUUUGCAGGGCCUUUGAAAACAACAUUCUGUCAAGAGUAGCUGCACUGCCUCUAAAUUUUUUGUUUUAAUGCUAUGAUCGUGUUUUUGGAUCAGACCUGUUUAGUUAUUUACCUUGCCCUUUUUCUAUAAAGUUCAGAAACCAUAGUUUUCAUUUCUGUCAACCUGAAGACUUGGAUGUUGUUUUAUAAGAAAUCUUCAUCAGAUGAUUUAGAGUCGAAGGGUGCUCAAGGCUGUCUUCUUGUUUUUUAAUAAUCUUCUUGAGAUGAUUGUCAGUCAAAAGGGUGUUGAACGCUGUGAGUGUACUUAGUCUAGAUUUAUGAAAUUUGCCCUUUUCUAACAAAA